AAUAAUGUUGCGGAUGAUAUGAUAUUGUCACCGCACGGACCCUAUCCAGGCCGAUAACAGUAGCAGCAGCGGUGUUAUAGUGAUGAUGUGAGUUUGAGUUGAAUUGAUUUCAUAAUCAAUGGCUUCAGCUUUAUCCUCUAUCAUCAACCAACCUCACACUGCUCAACGCUUUAAGCUUCAUUCUCCUUCUUGUCUCACUUUCUUCAAACACAAACACUUUUCCUUUUUCCCUCCUCCCAAACCAUUUUCAAUUUCAUCUCCACGCCCUCUUCAUCUCUUCGCCGCUUCCUUAAACUUCUCUUCGCUUUCCAACAAAUCCCAAAACCCCUCCCUCCGUGACUUCAUCGCUCCAGCUUCUCUUACCGCUUCCCAACUUCAACCCCGUGUGCCAGAUACUGAAGUUCCUUCAACGGGAAGGAUAUAUCAUGAGACCUAUGGAUGUCAAAUGAAUGUCAAUGAUAUGGAGAUUGUCUUGUCUAUAAUGAAAAAUGCAGGCUACACUGAAAUUGCCACUGUUCCUGAGAAUGCUGAAAUAAUAUUCAUCAACACCUGUGCCAUAAGAGAAAAUGCAGAGCUCAAAGUGUGGCAGAGGCUUAAUUACUUUUGGUUUCUUAAGAGGAAUUGGAAGACCAAUGUCGCUACUGGAAGGUCACAAUCCCUGCACCCUCCGAAAGUUGUUGUUUUGGGAUGUAUGGCUGAGAGGUUAAAGGAGAAGAUACUUGAUGCAGACAAAAUGGUUGAUGUGGUAUGUGGGCCUGAUGCUUAUAGGGAUUUGCCGCGGUUACUGGAAGAGGUUGAGUGUGGCCAGAAAGGGAUUAACACUCUUCUUUCGCUUGAGGAGACUUAUGCAGAUAUUAAUCCAGUUCGGAUCUCCAAGAAUUCAAUUAGUGCUUUUGUUUCGGUGAUGAGGGGUUGCAACAAUAUGUGUUCAUUUUGUAUUGUACCAUUCACUAGAGGCAGAGAGAGAUCACGUCCUGUUGAUUCCAUUGUGAGAGAGGUAGCGGAGCUUUGGAAAGAGGGUGUAAAAGAAGUAACACUUCUUGGCCAGAACGUGAACAGCUACAAUGAUGCAUCUGUGGUUGAAAAAGAGGCUGAAUUAGGGUCCAAUUGGAAACUCAGUGAAGGAUUUUCCAGCAUAUCGAAGGUCAGAACCACAGGCUUAAGGUUUUCUGAUCUAUUGGAUCGACUCUCAUCAGAGUUUCCUGAGAUGCGAUUCAGAUUCACGUCUCCACACCCUAAAGAUUUUCCAGACGAACUGCUUUAUCUUAUGCGUGAAAGACAUAAUAUAUGCAAAUUGAUACAUUUACCUGCACAAACAGGAAGUAGCACAAUGCUUCAGAGAAUGAGGCGAGGAUAUACUCGAGAGGCUUACUUGAGUCUUGUGCAAAAAAUUCGAAGUAUUAUUCCAGAUGUCGCCCUAAGCAGUGAUUUCAUUUCUGGUUUUUGCGGAGAAACAGAAGAGGACCAUUCUGACACAUUGAGUCUCGUAAAAGAAGUUGGUUAUGAUAUGGCGUACAUGUUUGCUUAUAGCAUGAGGGAGAAAACUCAUGCCCACAGAAAUUACGUUGAUGAUGUUCCCGAGGAAACUAAGCAGAGGAGGCUAACUGAAGUUAUUGAGACUUUCCUUGAGAGCACAGGAAAGUGUUACGACGGGCAGGUUGGAACGACACAGCUUGUACUAGUUGAAGGACCCAAUAAAAGAGCUCCAGACACUGAACUCAUGGGCAAGAGCGACAAAGGUCAUCGGGUAUUAUUUGCCAAUCUACCAAUCUCAGAUAGGGAAGAUGUCAAUACAAAGCGAAAUCCUGUGGUUGGUGAUUAUGUUGAAGUCCGGAUAACAAGAUCUACAAGAGCAUCACUCUUUGGCGACGCAAUUGCUAUUACUAAGUUGAGUUCAUUUUACAAUAAUCUGGACAGAGAAGCCAUUGCAUGCAGCAUGUAAAAGUAAAACCUUGCUGCAUAAACAGUUUGUCGUGGCAAGUUUUGGAUAUAGUCAUCGUAAACUGAUUCUUCCCCUUUGCGUCAUUGACGAAUUUGCAGUUUAUGGGAGAAACACUGCAACUAUUCAAGGGAGUGAGAUUAUGCAUUUACCUGUGACAUGUCUGCUAGAUUAAAAUUGUAACUCCUUUUAAUCUUAUCUUUGCAUGAAAAUGGUUGAGUCUGCGUUAAACUGUACAAUGUGCCGCUGAGAAUCCUGUUGAGUAUUGACAACCUGCAAUGCAAACAUCAAAAUCAAAUAGCAUAGGGAAGGAAUUCUGUGAUUUUUUGUCUCUAAAUAUUGGUUGAUAUAAGUGGGCUUUGAUGAAGCACACGGAAGAUUUAAUGUGGCAUUUGAACCAUCAUAUUAAUUUAUUGUUUAUAUAGAACAUCAACGUUUUUAGGAGUCUAAUGUUACAUCAUUCAGUGAACUAUCAUAUUGAAUAGUUUUGCUAGCUC